UCUAUGAAAGUCCAAAUGUCAUAGUCGUACAAUCUAUAUACAUUAUGCACUAAUUAUGUAGACAGUUAAUAGUCAUUUGCGAACCUCUACAUGUGCUAUAAUAAGACCAUUAGUUCUUCUUCAUCCAUCCAAAUCUAAUCCCUCCCAAAUUAUAUUUUACUUAAGAGUGUUUCCCUGUUCUUUCCUUCUUCCCAAGACUAACGAAAACUAUGGAAACCACAAGCUUUCUGAUCUCAUUUUUCACCCACAUAGAAUUUUAUGAUAUACUUUUAGCUUUGCUUGGACUCUUCUUUUUCUCUUACAUCCAUGAAAAACUCACCAACAAAGGCCCUACUUUAUGGCCUAUUCUUGGUAUGCUCCCUUCUUUUGCUCUUCAUGUCCAUGAAAUCCAUGAAUGGAACACCAAAACUUUGGAAAAGAGUGGAGGUAGUUAUAGAAUUAGGGGUCUUUUGGGUGGGUUUCAAGGGAUUAUGCUAGGUGAUCCUGUUAAGAUUGAGUAUAUUCUCAAAACUAAAUUUAAGAACUUCCCUAAAGGGAAGUACUACAGGGAGAGAUUCAGAGAGCUCCUCGGCGACGGCAUCUUUAACGCCGACGAUGAUGGAUGGAAGGAGCAACGGCGGAUUGCUACGUCCGAGAUGCAUACUAGUCGGUUCGUGCAGUACUCUUUGCAGACCAUGCAGAGUCUAGUGCAUGAUAAAUUACUCAAGGUAAUAGACAAGCAAGUAUUUUUAUCAACAAACAACACAAUGGACCUUCAAGAAUUACUCCUUCGUUUCACCUUCGACAACGUAUGCGUGGCGGCUUUCGGUGUUGAUCCUGGUUGUGUGGCCCUGGACUUGCCUGAAAUCCCUUUCGCGAAAGCAUUCGAAGAAGCAACAGAGUAUUCUCUGUUUAGGUUCUUAGUUCCACCCGUUGUUUGGAAGACCAUGAGGUUCUUCAAUAUAAGCAACGAAAGGAAACUCAAAGAUGCUGUUAAAAUUGUGCAUGAAUUUGCUGAGACAACAGUAAAAAAUCGCAAGGCCGAUUUAAAUAAGCCUGGUAAAUUAGAUCAUGAACCUUGUGAUCUUUUAUCUAGGCUUAUAAAAAUGCAGGAUCAUCAACUUCACAAAAAUUCUCAUGAUAUCACCACAGUUUUCUCUGACAAGUUUCUUAAAGAUUUUUGUAUAAGUUUUAUCUUAGCAGGGCGUGACACUAGCUCUGUGGCAUUAGUCUGGUUCUUUUGGCUCCUACAUGAAAACCCAAAUGUCGAAAACAAAAUCUUACAUGAAAUUAACGAGAUCUUAACUCAAAGAGGCGCGACAAAAGAUGAACUGAACAAUAUUGUUUUCGGAGCAGAGGAAUUGGACAAGAUGGUGUAUUUGCAAGCUGCGUUAUCUGAGUCGCUUAGACUUUACCCUUCAGUGCCAAUUGAUUUUAAACAAGCUAAAGAAGAUGAUGUUUUCCCUGAUGGUAUGCCAAUUCCAAAGGGUCGUAGAGUCUUAUAUCAUGUGUACGCAUUAGGGAGGGUGAAGUCGAUUUGGGGUGAAGACUGCUUGGAAUUUAGGCCGGAAAGAUGGUUGAAAGACGGCCAAUUUGUGAGCGAAAACCAGUUCAAAUAUGCUGUGUUCAAUGCUGGACCGCGGCUUUGUAUUGGAAAGAAAUUUGCUUAUACGCAAAUGAAAAUGGUGGCUGCCUCAAUUCUUCUGAGGUAUAAAGUUAAGGUAAUUGAUGGUCAAGUUAUAACUCCCAAGGUUACUACUACUCUUUACAUGAAGCAUGGUUUGUCAGUUACCUUUCAGCCGAGGCAACUUGAAGGCAAACCCUUCUAGCUCGAAUGAUUAACGGGUAAUUAAUAUCAUUGUUUCAUACUGCAUACAGUUGUGGUAGAGUGAAAUCGAGUACUACAUUACUACUAUCUAUAGUAAAGUUGUAUGUGGACAAUAUACAGGACUAUUUAGAGGGAUGAAGUUGGCUCUUCCAAAAUUUAUACAUUCCUGUAGGGGA